AUGGCUGCGGCGUACAUGUGUACGCUUAUGAACUCGCAAAGCUAUGGCAAUACAACAAGCACAUUGAGAAGGUUUAAAAAUAAAAACACAAAGUAUACAAGUUAUUCUGACAGCAAAUCCGAGGAUGAUCGUAAAAAACGUCCUAGGACUGCUUUCACGGCUGCUCAAAUAAAAUCUUUGGAAGCCGAGUUCGAGAAAAAUAAAUACCUUUCGGUUGCCAAAAGAUGCCAGCUAUCGAAAACGUUGAAGCUAACUGAAACCCAGAUCAAAAUAUGGUUCCAAAAUAGGAGAACCAAGUGGAAAAGGAAAUACACCAACGACAUUGAAAUUCUGGCCCAGCAGUACUACAAUUCCAUGGGGAUUUUAACUCCCAGACCAAUAUUUUUGGGCGAUAGAUUAUGGUUUUUCAAUUAUCCAGGUCAACCUGGUUUGUCCUCAGCCCCACCAGUGGGACCAAACAUGUUACCAAUGGCGUCCAGUUCUAAUGCCCCCCCAAUGAUGCCUCAAAUGCCUAUGCCUCACCCACAAAGGCAAUGCCUUCCAAAUUAUGUGGACUACCCAGAACAACCUAAAGAACCUUCGCCAAUUUUGCAGCUGCAGAAUUUUGGGAGACAUUUUGAAAAUAAUUAG